AUGAUGUCUGAUCAGUUCAGGAAGGUAGAACCGUAUUCGCCGAAAUCUUCACCAAGAGGUGGGAGGUCGCCAGUGGUUUCUCGUCAGGAUUCCUCCGGAACACUCAAAACUACCAUCUCGUUGGGCAAAAAUCCGUCUAUAGUGCACAGUGGACCAUUUUAUUUGAUGAAAGAACCUCCAGGAGAAUGCGAGACAACAGGGGCGACUAAUUUGAUGGCCUAUUAUGGUCUUGAGCACUCCUAUAGUAAAUUUAAUGGUAAAAAACUGAAGGAAUCCUUGUCGUCGUUUCUUCCUAAUCUACCUGGCAUUCUCGAUGGACCUGGACAGGAAGAUAAUAGCACUUUAGGAUCAGUGAUAGCUAAGAGACCAAUAGGUGGUAAGGAGUUAUUGCCACUUACAAGUGCCCAGUUGGCUGGAUUCAGACUGCACCCGGGACCACUGCCUGAGCAAUAUCGUUAUGUUAGUGCAACACCACCAAAGAGACACAAGACCAAACACAAGAAGCAUAAUAAACACAAAGAUGGAGUACCCCCUGGACAAGAAACUCCAUUACAAGAUUCAUCAAACCCAGACACAUAUGAGAAGAAACACAAAAAGCAAAAGCGUCACGAUGACGACAAGGAACGUAAGAAACGGAAAAAGGAGAAGAAAAGGAAAAAGCAGAAACACAGCCCUGAGCAUGGUGGUCUCACGCCCAGCCAGCACCCUGUACCUUAG